GCGACGAUGACCAUUGAAGAGGAGGUCCAGACCGCCCUCGAAGCUGAGGAAAGAUUGGAGGCUUCCGAGGAGGCUGCAGCCGAAGCCUAUGCUCGGGCCGAGGUUCGUUGUCGGGAGCAACAGCAGGCCGAGAACUCACAGCUGACGGAGCUGCAGGCACAGCAGCACCUGGAGACCUGCGAGAUGCAGGAAAUGGUGCAGUGCCUCGACGACACCGAGGGCCGCGAGCUCAUCUUGAACCUCGAGCUGCGGGCAUUGCAGGAGAAGGCGACAGAGGAGGCGGAGCUGAAGGAGGACUUAGCCGCUGCAGAGUUCGAGCAG